CUUUUCCGGCCUAGUAGCCUUUGUGAACCAAAAGAGCAAGGAAAGAUGCCCGGUGGCCAAGGUCUGCGCGCCCGCACGCGGCACAUGUUUGCCCGCGGCUUCCGCCAGAAGGGCUUCAUCCCGCUGACGACUUACCUGCGCACCUACAAGCUCGGGGACAUGGUGGACAUCAAGGUCAACGGUGCCAUCCACAAGGGCAUGCCCCACAAGUGGUACCAGGGCAAGACCGGUACCGUCUGGAACGUCACCAAGCGCGCCAUCGGUGUGGAGGUCAACAAGCGGGUUGGCCACCGCAUCAUGAAGAAGCGCAUCCACGUGCGUGUCGAGCACAUCGUGCCCUCUCGCUGCCGUGAGGAGUUCCUGACCCGCCGCGCGUCCAACGACGCGGCCAAGGCGGCCGCCAAGGCCAAGGGCGGUGAGUGGUGGAGCAGCAGGCGGGCAGGAGUGGCGAAAGCCCGUCCCCAAGACCAAGCGUGUGCCCGCUGGCCCCCGCGACGGCUUCGAGCUGAUCCCCGCCAAGGUGGAGACCAUCGCCGCCAUCCCCUACGACAUCAUCAAGGAGGGCCUGGUAUAAAGGGUUGGAUUCGUGCCGGUGGGAUGUUCAGCCGCUUGGGCUGUGGAGCUGUUGCGGCUGUAACGCGUUUCGUGAAAUUGGGUCCUUUACGCGAAGACACAGAUUGCCCCAGUUGUGUGAAACCUCAGCUGCACAGCCAACUGCGCUUCCGCGUGUGCUGAACGCCGCGAACUAAGCAUGGAAACAUAAGUCUAACUUCGUUUACAGUGCAGCGCAUCAUGCAGCACGACGACUAAAGGCCGCCAGCGGUCAGGGGCACAGCGCUGCAGGAUCGGUCGCCAGUCGGUGGUGGAGGCAGUGGGGCGCGGGUGUUGCGCUGGCCACCCGCGUACCUGCCAGAUGGUUGAGGAGCAUGCGGGCUGCCGACGAUUCUUCUACGUAGGUCUAUGCUACACCAAGCUGUU